GGUUCUGUGACAAAACAAUGAUUGCAAAUGAAUUAGAAUGCGAUAAGUUGAAUAAAUUUAAUAUUUUGCAUCGCUCGUCUUUGAGGGGACUGAAGAAAUGUGGAUCGUGCGGUUCUAUUAGUGGUCAACGAGCGGUUAUAUGUCGUAAUACCGAGUGUGAUUUGCGCAAACGUAUGCUGGCUUCCAUAAAACCAUUUGAUCCCAUUCAAUUGGUGACACACAACGAUAUUCGCCUGUUUUCGGUGAGGACUAAAGAGAAAAUCAUUAACGUGCGGAAUUUCGUCGCCAUCAGUCAAUCGCCGACGACGGGAAUCUUUUCGCGAAAGGCAACAUGUUAUGUGGAUAGCUGUAAAAAUGAGAUAUCAACGGAUUUCCAUUGCAAACAUAUCAAGGCCAUCUAUUCAGCUGAUAGUGAUUUCCAAUUGGCUGAGGUAUAUCAGAUGGACAAGAACGUGCUGUGGAAUUUAAAUAUUAACGAGGAACAAAAAGUGAGCUUGUGGGAUGCGUAUUGUCGCGGUGAAAAUGAGGAGAACAUUCCACCGAUACAACGUUUAAAUGGGCAAACGUUUGCCGUUACAGCUUUAAAUUCAAGCAACUUUCUGGCGGGUCGUUUACAUGUGACGGUGUGUUCCAAUGCCGUGACCAAUAAGAAAGGUUUCUAUUUGUGUGCCUGUAAAAAACUGAAAAUUGUGGUAGAACCUGACAAUUCUGUUACCAUGAAAAAGGAAAUCUGUGAUCAUUUGCUGUUAUUGUUGGCCGCCAUUCUCAAUAGGCCCGACAAAUCUACGUAUAGUGCCUUUCUUGAUUCGCUACAACAUCUGUGGAUGCCAACCACAUUAAACCCACCGGUUGAUUCCAGUUCUUCACACCUUACGGAUUUUGAUAUGCCGAUGAUUGAUUGUGAUGAUAAGAAUGAGGUCACACCAAUUGGGACAAUUCCUGAUUUUUCAGACAUUAUAUCCGACAUUGAAUCCGAAACGAAAAAAUCCUCACCCCAUAUGCAACAAUACCUGCCAAUAGUAUCCACAUCAGAUCCUCACUUUAAUUCAAACAACAGUGUUGAAGAUUUCGAUUUGAAUUUUCCACACAUAAAAGAAAACCGAAUUGCUGCCGAUACAAUGUCAAGUAGCGUUGUUGAACAAUUUCAAUUAAGCAAUGACAUUCAACUAUCAUGUGAUAAUAUAGCUUUAGCCAAGGAUAUUGAAAGUCUGAACAAUUUGGAGGCGCAAGUCCAAGAUACAUGUUUAGAUACAAUAACAACAACACAGUUGAAUGGUGUUGAACAAAUCAAACAAGAACAAAUUAAAAAUUUCAUUACAAAUACCUCAAAUUCGGUGAUUAUCAAACCAAAGUGUAAUCCUGUCUUUCUCAAUAAAUCCGUUAUUGUUAAACAGAGUCCAGUGAAAAUCAUAAAAAUUACAAAACCCGGUGUUAUACAAAAACUGCCAACUAUCGAUAAGAAAUUUGUACAAAUUUCCAAAAUAGAUUCUAGCAAAAUAAUUUUACUUAACUCAAAAAGUUCUCAUAAACCCAUAAAUAUACAGCCGAUAAAUAAUGUUACUGUCACCUCCACGGUACCCUCACCGCCGUUAAUGGAUGUAAACCAGCCCUCACCGGCACCCGCAUUAUCCUAUGAAUCAUGGUUGGAUAAUAUAAUAGAAAUAUUAAAUGACAGUAUUAUAUUACAAGACUCCAAUAAUAUUAAGCAUACAUUCCAUGUUCAUGAGGAUAUGUUCUCACAUUUUAGUAAAACUUUUGGUUUCAAUAACAAACCCCGACUGCCUAAUUUUACACAAGUAUUAACCAGUGGCAAACAUAAAGGUCUCAUUAAAUAUGGAUGGUAUUUCAAUCAAGCAGCGGCUGUUAAAAGGAUAUUUUCAACAAAAAAUUCCAAAUUGGAAUUACAACGUCCAACGGAGCCACUUAAAGAUGGAAAUUUUGUGCCAUUCUUUUCAAAAAUCUCUAGCCAAAUAACUGUUACCAAAUGUCGUCCAAAAGAACCGGAACAAAGAGUUUUUCUCAAAUUUUCCAAUGCCCCCGAAACAGCUUCGGAUACAUAUGAGAACGACAAAUCCGGUUUAAAACUGGAAUGGCUUCCCUCGGCCUUUCCCCGAAGUCAUUUUGGCCUUAUGACCAUAGAGUUUUGUGUUUACACAUAUACCAAAAAUGGUUCUCUAUAUGGUAACUUUUGAAAUAUGUGCAAUAAAGUUUCUAUGUUUUAUUA